AUGAUUAGUGGUGUUGAAUUCAUUAAGACUCCAGACCAGGGUCCAAUCCCUCCAGCGUCUGAUGAAUGCGGAAUCUUGACUACUGAUUCGCCAACAAUUCACAACGCGCCAUUGCCAGCUGACGGACCAGGAUCCAGGCACUUCUCUAACAUAGCAAUGGGAUCUCUUGUUGUGUUAAUCCCUUACUAUAUUUCUAGUAAGCUUGGAGGUGGUUUCAAGUUGUGGAUUUUCUUCACCUUGUUAUCUGGUUUACCAAUUAUCGUGGCAUACUGGACCAUUUUGUCUUCAUUCUCUCCAAGAUUGAACGAAAGGGUUAAGUAUCCAGGACGUCCAAUCUCUUACUACUUGGAAUACCACACCCCAGAAUUAAAAGCUAAGUACGAAACCUCAAACAACGGACAAGGUACCAAGAUCCCAAUUGAGACAUUCCAAGAAUUAUUCUUUGAUGGUAAGGUUUCCUUCAAGGGAGACUGUUUAGACGUCUUAGAAUACAAACAUGACUGGUGUAACUUCAGAUUUACUUUAGGUUUAUUCAGAUACUUCCUUUUCGGUUUUAUCCCAGAAGUUAUUUUACAUUCCAAAUCUCAAGAUGAAGAACAAGUCAGAGAUCAUUACGACAGAGGUGAUGACUUCUACACGUGGUUUUUGGGUCCAAGAAUGAUUUACACCUCUGGUAUCGUUUCUAAUAUCACCAAGGAAGAAUCUUUAGAAAGCCUUCAAGAUAACAAACUUCACAUUGUUGCUGACAAGAUUCAAUUAAAGAAAGGUGAACAUUUAUUAGACUUAGGUUGCGGAUGGGGUACUUGGUUGACCAUUGCAUCAUCUAAGUUCGGUGCUAAGGCAACUGGUGUUACUUUGGGUAAGAACCAAACCAAAUGGGGUACUCAAUUAUUGAAGGAAAACGAUGUCCCAGAUGGGCAAUCCAGAAUUUGUUGUGUUGACUAUAGAGACACUCCACCAUCAGAAAAGGAAAGCGGCAAGUAUGAUAAGAUUACUUGUUUGGAAAUGGCCGAACAUGUUGGUGUUAGAAAGUUCUCUGGCUUCAUUAGACAAGUUUAUGAUGCCUUGGAAGAUGAUGGUAUUUUCUUUUUGCAAUACGCUGGUAUAAGAAAGCUGUGGCAAUACGAAGAUCUCGAAUGGGGUCUUUUCAUGAACAAGUAUAUUUUCCCAGGUGCCGAUGCUUCCACUCCAUUGACCUUCGUUGUUGAUGCAUUGGAAAGCGCUGGCUUUGAAGUUGUUUCCUUAGACAACAUUGGUGUUCACUACUCUGCCACUUUGUGGAGAUGGUACAGAAACUGGAUUGGUAACAAGGAAAAGGUUGUUAACAAGUACGGUAUUAGAUGGUACAGAGUCUGGGAAUACUUCUUAGCCUCUUCUACUAUUGUUUCAAGACAAGGUUCCGCUACUUGUUAUCAAAUUGUUUUGAGAAAGAACUUGAACAGUUACCACAGAGUCAACUACAUUCCAAACCAAGUAGCAUUAACUGGUGUCACUGAUAGAGGUACCAAGUGGGCCAAGAACUAA